AUGCCCUAUUCAAAAGCCACCCCAGACCGUCAGUUGCCCAUAGGACUCCUCCCGCCCAGGAAGCUAAAAGAGCCGCUACCACCAUUACUGAGCAAGAUCUUAACACUGCGGGAUGACCAACUCGUCAAGAAUACGUCAAAUUCCGACGCAGCUACAGCUCGCCGCGCAGAGCAGCGAAGUGAAAGGGUGCAAGCCGAGAUGAAGCACCUUCUAAGGAAGGAAGAGGCCCAGGCGCAGUGGACGAUCAAAUUUGACAAGCAGCGCGAAGCCCAAGAAGCAAGCAAUGCUGCUCUCCAAGACAAGAGGCAGAGAAGAAAUGUAGAGGACAGAGCUGGCAUGGGUGAGCUCACCGAGACAAGAGACCAAUUACAGGCCUGGGCGCGCGAAAGGGGUCUGCUACGCAAGGCAAAGUACGAGAGCGACGCAGACUUCAGAGCACGGAUGGAUAAUCUGACAGCGUAUCUUGAGAAGAUGUUCCAGACACACAAGGGGAAGGUCGAAACGGAGAGUUUCAGAUACGUCGAGGGCUUCCCCGUCCGAGACCGAAUGAAAAGGCCGGCGCUUUUCCCAGACAGGCUGACGGGCUCUCUCAGGGUAAAGUGUCUGCAGUGUGAUGUUCGUCAAAUGCGAUGCUCACUUGAGAUGGGCGGCGUGAGAAGCGAAGCUUGCAGCGUCUGCAGGAGGCACGGCGAAGGAGACGAAUGCUGCUUUUGGCAGCAGAACUACAGGAAUCCUGCUGACAGCCGCUUCAGAUUCACGAAGCAGCAGGCAAAUGGAGAUGAAAAAUAUGCGGAUGAAAUAGCGCGCAAAUGGCACAGAGUACGCAACCGCAUCAAACUUGAUGUCGUCAAUGGAGGUUUGCAAGAAUGCUGGACAGCGUCUUUUGCUUUACCCAGGCCACAGCACUGUGGAGUCUGGGAUGAGCAGACGGAUGAUCUUGAGCAUGAAAAAGAGAAAACAGGGGAGGAAGUCGUCGCAUCGUCUCGCUUGGAGGGGCGCCAUACAAUGUCACCUCCUGAUCUUGCCUCAUACCGUCUCGAUGCCUCUGUUGCCCAAGAAAUCUUCACCACCCAGAUACUCCCCGCCGACAUCCUCCCUCAUCCGCCCUCACCAUACCCUACGCGACCACUUGCCCUCUUGACACUAGGACAGACCGGUGCAGGCAAGACACGUCUCGUACCCACACUCCUCUCUGCGCUUCACGCCCAAGGCAGGAAUCCGGUGCAUCUCAUAGCGGACGUAUACAAGAAAUAUCAUCCCGAAUAUGCCGCGCUAGAUCCAAAGAUAGCCUCCGCAGCAACCGGCAGCGACGCCAGGCUAUGGCUGGAAAUGGCGGCUAGUGAAGUGAGCCUGAGGCGUCAAGAUGUCGUGAUUGAGUCGGCAUGUCGACAUCCCUCAGAUUUCACGAGUCUUGUACGGAUCUUUCACAGACAAGGGUACACGAUCAGUGUGGUGGUUCUCGCGACACCGUACGCGUUGAGCCGAUUGGGGAUCCUGGUGAGGUUCUAUGAAAAACUGCCGGAGGCAGCAUCACGGGGGUUGCCGUUGCGCUUGACGCCCGCAAAGAUACAUGAUGAUUCUUACAGAGGCUUUCUGGAGGCCACUGCCUGGCUGGAUGAAGAGAAACUGGUGGACCGAACGAUCCUGGUAAGGAGAGGCCACUUGGUCGCCUUCGUCUCUGAAAGAGACGAGAAUGGCAAGAUCAAGGGAGGAGUGAAGGACGCGCUUGAGCGUGAAAGACAGAGGCCACUGACUCCAGCGGAGGCUGCGGUUGCACGAGCUGGGCUGGACGGACUAGAGAGAAUGCCAGCUGCAGAAGGCCAUCUUGCCGAACUGAAGCAUCUGUUGCUACCGCUGCUCAACACCGACAAUGAGCAGAGUCUGGAGAGCGAUUAUCCAGUUCUGUAUCCACUGGAGUUGCAAGGGGAAGACAACAUCGUGGGCUUGGGAGCCCCUGGCGCAACUGAGAACUCUAGAAAUCAUCAAUAAAUCAAACUGGGCUAGAGAUUUGGCCAUCAAACAAUGCGCAUCUAAACGCCAAUCCAUGCCACUAUCAUCGAUGCGUGCCGUCAUGCCUGGCCAGGUCCUGCUCAACAAGCUGUGCUCGUUUCGUCCUCUGUCCCGUGUGCUGUAUAUCCACAAAGUGCCAUUGCCAUAUAUGCGGGCAGAGUGCCACUUUCAUCCAAGACUAUCAUCAACAAUACAUAUCCCAAACGCCGCAAAUCAAGCCAUGUGACACUCUUGCUUGUUCCUAACACCGGCUCCAUGUGUGGCAAAAUUGCCAAAUUAACAAUUAAGAAACAAUAACAAUGGUAUCAGGAGCACCCGUCAUUCUCACUCGUGAGAGGACGACGGGGCUCAAAUCGGUCUCGGUGAUGCCUCAAGAUGAGGCACACUACGUGG